AGGGUGGGACCUGGAAGGCUAGCAGCGCUUGGGGCUGGCCCCAGUGUCACUUGGGGUGGCCUUGGUGGCUCUGCUGUGCUUCCCGGCACCACUAGGUGCCUCUCGGCCUUUGCUCAGCGGCUCUGCCACGGGUGCUGCUGCGGGAGCACCCGCGAAGCCACUGCUCCGCCUGGAAAAGGCUGGUUCUGCUUUUUACACACACGGCUUUGGGCCAGCGUCACUGUAACUGCCUGCUUCCCAGAGCCGGGGUUGGCGGGUGGCACUGUAAGGUGGGAGACACGUGAAGCUGCUGAAGGCAGCGCUGCCAGCAGGAGCAUCCAGUGUGUAAAGAGCUUGUACUGUGGAUACAUAGGGAAAUUUUACAUGGUGUAAACCCCACCGGCCUUUCAGAGGUCCUCUGUGGCUGGGAGCAGCACCGAGCAGCUGAACUCCUCACUGCUGUGAUGCUCCCUGUGGCUGCCACAGUCUUUUAUAUGCUCAGAGUGAUCUUUCCAUCUGCUCAGUUUGUUCCUGCCACAGCGGCUUUAGGUUUGGGGCUGACAAGAACAUAACCACAGUAAGUUUGAGGGGUGGGUAGCAUCUUCCCCUCCUCAGUCAUUGUAAAGGCUGAGGCUGUGGCAGGGCAGGAUGUUGUUAGUGAUGGGUGAUGUGUGUUGCCUGCUGCACUCUCUGCUGCUGGAGGAGGUUUGGGGCAGGACUGAGAGUGCACCAGGAAAACCCCUCUACAGGACAAGAUCCUCCGUGGUAGCUCUGGGUGUGAAUAGAGAGAAAUGGCAGUUCCUGGUAAAGGAUGUGCUCAGCCUGACGCUUCGUGCCCCUCCAAAACCCUAAUGCUGCUAGCAGUGUGCACAUCGGCACUCACAGAGCCCCUAAUUCAGAGCUGCUGAAUGAAAAGGACCAGACUGCUCUUCCCCUUGUCCUGGCACCAGCACCAUGAUGGCUCUGGCUCUGCAAUAGGAACAUUGUUAAGAAUCCUAAAAUCAUAGAAUAGUUAGGGUUGGAAAGGACCUUAAGAUCCAAGUCCCCUGCCAUGCUUUUUCCCUUCUCCCCCUAAUUUGGCCCAGGUACAGCACGUACUGACCAGUCCCUCAUGUGAAACUCCAUGGAGUAGCACAGAGCUUAAUGUGUGCAGAUAUUUCACCUUCCACGUUUUUGCUGCUCCAGUGCUCUGUUUGACAAGGCCAGCUUCUGACACACAUCCAGCUUCAUUAGUGCUUUUAGCAGAAACCAAAUUCCUACCUCCUUUGGCUUGCAAACAACCUCCCAUUGAAGCCUGGGAGCAGAAUGUGUUUGUGUGUGUGUCUGCUGAGCCCUGUGUGAGUCCAGCUCAGAGAAAGGAAAACAGGGAUUUGAAAACGUUUUGGGGACUUCUGUGGGGACCAGGAAAUACUAUUUAAAGAAAAACUCAAUUGAAAAGCCUCUUGCUUCACCUCACUCUCUUACCUUUGGCUACAGGGUUGCCUUGGUGCCAGCCUGGGAGAAGUAGGAGGCAGAUAAGCAAAUAGCGGGAUUAGUAGGACCUGAUUCAGAAAGCACUUAAACCCGAAGCAUUAAGGUACCUCCUGGCUUCUGUGAAACGUGGCUUUCAUUGCUGGUUCACUAAGGCAAGGCUGAAUCAGGCAGCGAGGGUGUGGGAGCCCUGUGGUGCCCAGUCCCAUCCCAGUCCAUCUUCUGAGACCUCAGUUCCUUCUUUGUGAGAGGAGCAGACCUGUAAUAGAGAUACAAAGGACUGGUUUGUUGGGCACGUAACUCUCCUGAAGUUCUGAGACUCAAAGUGUUAAAGACAAAAGCGGAGACUUUUCAAACCUCACUGUUCCGCUUCAGGCGUUUUAUAGACCACUUUUUCCCCCACAAAGUGUUGCUCCUUCUAAAACUCAGGCCCAUUUAUAAUCUCUUCAUUUGAGCACUCCAAAUUGCUUUAGUCACUUUUAGAUAGAGAUAUUAGUCUCAGGCUUUUUACUUGUAUUUAUUGCCUUGGAUGAAAGAGAGGGUGUCAAGAGAGGAAAAUGAGAGGAGGCAGAGGAGAGAAAAAGGAGAAAUUAAGGGAAGGAGGUGGAAGAGGGAACAAAGAACUCGAUUACAUGGUUUUGCUCACGUCUUCCCUCAGGAUGAUGAUGUUUCUCUGGAAAACAUCCCCUUCACUCCAUGUGUUAAUAUUUAAUUAGCUGCUCAGCAUUAAGGGCUUAUUGUUGGUGCUAAUUUGGAUGGGGAAGCGAUGGUAAAUGUUUCUGAGGGGGUGCUGGUGCCAGUCGUGCUGCUGGGCUGUAAGUAGGUUACGAGGGCAGGUAUUUUAAGUCUCAUUGCCUGGCAGCAUCUGCUCUUCCUUGCACCCAGACUUCAGGGAAACCUCCUAAGGGGGUGCAAAGGCCACAGGACCAUGUCUGGAGCUCCUGGGAAGAGGUUGUGAAGCAGCAGAUCUGCAGCAAAGAGCUUGGCCUUUUCCAACUCCCGUAAUGUUCGUUAGUGUGAGGUGCUGGGAACUCAUUUUCAUCAUUUGGGCAUGUGAUAUAAAGCCUCAGGAUCUGAAAUAUUACAGUAACCAUGGCUACCAGUGACUUAUCUGAGGGAGUUUGACUUUUGUUUUGAUUUUAAGUGUCUUGAUUGUAGUUUAAAAAUCAGAAUCUGAAUGUGUUUUUUACUUAGGCAUGAAACUAAAGGCAUUAAAUGAUUUGCAUUAUUAAAAUAUCUAUAAUGCUGCCUUUCAAGGUUCUUAAAGAAGGCCUUUAAUAUUCAUACCCUAUGUACUAAAUAAAGUUACUCUUCAGCUUUAUGUUAGUUCUGCAGCUCUCACCAUAGGAAAUCUCCUGCAGGCUCGAGCGCUCCAGAGGUGCCUUGCUGGCUGUUUUGCAAUCCCAAAUCCUUUGUUUCUCCCCAGAAAAGCUGUGGCAGUCCGUGCUCCGUGCAUGUGAACACACACACGCUGCUGCUUUUCCUCCCUCCUCUUCUGCACCCCAGCCAUGCCUCGUGGGGUCCUACCUUUAGAGCCUGUGUUUACUGCAGAGGCUGCUGCUGGAAGUUUGCCCUGUUGGAAACCCUGCUAGCCCCUGAGCCUCUCCUGUGUGAGAAAUCACCGAGCACCACCUGUCUGGAGAGUGGGAACACGUGGCUGGAUGCUGGCAGGGAUGCUGAGCUGGGAUGGAGAGCCAGCCCUGCUAGCACUGACCCAUCCCUCCCUCCGAGGAGGACCAUGUUAUGCCAGGAGGAAGAGGACAGGCAGUUGUCUAGCAAAGGAUUCAAUCACUGAAAGGUUCUCGUCUGGCCUGGUGUAAUUCUCUCCAUUUGUGCUUGUGCAGUAGUUGCAAACAUGCUGAAAUAUGAACUCAUGCUUGGUAAGCCUUUAAUUCCAGCUUUGAUGUUUUUAAUCAUCAGGACAGAUUUGGUAAAAAUGAUUCAUUAGCUUGAAACACAUCUGGGAUGACACGUGAUGUUGUGGGGGAUCCAGGAGGCAGAGGCAGGGGAUGGUUGUUCUUUGGGAUGUUCUUUGUGCUUCAUCUGGACUGACUCUUGUAGUGUGGCCCUUCAACACCUCUCAGCCCAUCAGCUUUAGAGGCCUCUCGGGCAUUCAGCCCUGCCCUCAGGUGCCUCCUCUCUGCAUCUGUUUCUGGUCAGAACUCAAGCAGCCCUGGCUCAGAACAUGCCAGCUAAGGAUGUGGUCAGCGUGCUCGGGGCAAGGAUGAGCGGAUGGCCAAGCUGCUGCAAUACGUGAGCAGCAGAAGGAGAAUUUCUGGCCUUGUUUGCCUCCCCUGCCUGCUGUCUGCCACUCCUUUAACCCUUGCUUUAACAUUUGCACAAGCCUGCAGUGUGUGUAUGGAUUUGGGUUGGUUUUCCUCAAGCUAAGGUCACAUACACCGCGCUGAAUGAACUCUUACCUUGCAGCGACUGGAGAGGAUUGAAAGCAAUCUGGCUUCAGAGCAGCAGCUUGGAGACAAAUCCCCAAUCCCAUUACUUGAUUCCUGGUAGUCCCCUUUUGAAAAUCAGGUAACAGUGAUGCUACCGGUCUUUGAAGCUGCUGCCCAAAACGCAUCACCCUUUGGAAUCCUAUUGAAUUCCAGCUGCCCUCGCCAUUCAUGUGAUGGGUGCAGUGAAUAUAAAGACACCUUUCACUGCUACAGUGAUUUCCAUGUGGGAAGUGGGAUUUCUGUUCCUGUAAAGUCACCUUUAUACCAAUAUGUUCAUGUUAGAGGCCCUGAUCAUGUAAACGUUUUCAGAUCCCCUUCCCCUGUGAAUCCUAUGGGAUUUGCAGUGGAAAUGCAGCUUGAUGUGAAUGAUUUUUAUGCUUUACACUUUCUGAAGGGUAGAUUUGCCUGGAUGCAGGCAGACACACUGGACCCUGCUCCAAGCUGGCGUGCUCAGUCCCUGCCAAAGGAUGCUCCAGCCACAGAAAACUCCACACAGCAUCGCCGCCCGGGAGGGGCUCCUCUCAGUGCUGUCCUUCUGACGACAAAGACCAACUCCCAAGGAAAAUUCCAGAAGCUCUCCAUCAGAAAGGGAAGGAGCGGAAUAAACACUUUGCCACUAUUGUGCGAUAGAAGGCUUUUAUCUUGAACUGCUGAGGAGUCCAUGCGACUCUUCCCAAAGUUUGUCGGCUGGAACAGAUUGUUAAGCAGCGAGUACACGGCAUAUCCAGAUCCCGAGUGAGAUAGGGACAGCCACACAAAGGCGCUUUCACAUGUUCAAGGCUUCCCUUUGUGCUUUAUUGCUGUGAAGUCUCUGACAUCCAACUGCUGCUGCUCUUCUUCCUCCCUUCCCAAAGGAGCGGGAAGCGAAGCCGUGCAGCAGAGCGCAUGUACCCUGUGGCACAGAGCCCGGCCGGAGCCAAGCCUGCUUUUCUCACAAGCCCCUUUAUACCAGCCACACUCCACACAGCGCUUGCUGCUGGUUUCUCACCUCUCCUUCUCCCACAUUGUUUCUUGCAAAGUUUCCUCCUUGGUUUCUAAGCUUUGUGUGGAUUUUAUUUGUGUUUCUUCUAAAAAUUCUUUUUGUUUUCCAGACUGAAGACUGGACAUUAUUAAUGCUUUGCUUCUUGGGCUUUUCCCCCCCUGGAGGAUUCUGUAAUCCUUGGAUCCUUUUAUUUUAUACCUGUAAACAGACAAAGGAACUAGUGCAGGGAGUUUUUCUGGGGUAGCUGUUCACAAUUACCUAUUGAAGUGAAUCACACAUGCAAACAUGUUUAUUCCAGCACAGAAAUAUCCACCCGGCCACAUUUAGUCCUCCAUCUAUUUUAAACUUACACUAUGGUUCUUAACAAUGCUUGUAAAACUUAAUGGGAAAAAGCUCAACAGAGGACUACUUCUUCAGGUCAAGUUGUCUGAAGAGGAACCUGUGCUGGGAGGGUCUGGUGGAAGCAAUCCUAUACGGGUAAAGCCUUGCGUUGGGAACAGGAAUAUUUCAAAUGGGUAUGAGAAAAGUGCUGAAGAAAAUUCCCAUGAGAAGAAUCCUGUGGGAGAUGGAGUCUGAUGCUGUUAUGGUGAACUCAGGAGUCACCAUCUCCCACAUGGCUGACAAGAACAGCACCCUGAAAUGCACGUUCUCUGCUCCUGGCCACAGCACCACUCUACUGCAGGGACUGGCCUCGCUCCGAGCUCAGGCUCAGCUGCUUGAUGUCAUCCUCACUAUAAAUAAUGAAGUGUUUCAGGUUCAUAAAGUUGUCUUGGCUGCCUGCAGUGACUAUUUCAGGGCAAUGUUUGCAGGCGGGAUGAGAGAAGCCAGCCAAGAUGUGAUUGAACUGAAAGGUCUAUCUGCAAAAGGACUGAAGCACAUUAUAGACUUUGCAUACAGUGCCGAAGUGACUCUUGAUCUUGACUGCAUUCAGGAUGUGCUGGGAGCUGCUGUCUUCCUCCAGAUGGUGCCUGUCGUGGAGCUCUGCGAAGAAUUCCUGAAGUCUGCCAUGAGCGUAGAAACGUGUCUCAAUAUCGGGCAGAUGGCCACCACCUUCAGCCUCGCAUCCUUGAAGGAAUCAGUAGAUGCAUUCACUUUUAGGCAUUUCCUCCAGAUCUCUGAGGAAGAAGAUUUCCUCCACCUGCCCCUGGAGCGCCUUGUUUUCUUCUUGCAGAGCAAUAAGCUGAAAAGCUGCAGUGAAAUAGAUCUCUUCCGUGCCGCCGUCCGGUGGCUGCAGUAUGACCCAACCCGCCGUGCCAACGCCAGCCAGGUCCUCUGCCAUAUCCGCUUCCCGCUGAUGAAGUCCUCGGAGCUGGUGGACAGCGUCCAGACCUUGGACAUCAUGGUGGAAGAUGUCUUGUGCCGGCAGUAUCUGCUGGAGGCAUUCAACUACCAGAUCCUGCCCUUCCGGCAGCAUGAGAUGCAGUCCCCUCGCACCACCAUCCGCUCGGAUGUCCUGUCCCUCAUCACCUUCGGUGGCACUCCCUACACCGAUAACGACCGCACUGUGAGCUGCAAGGUCUACUACCUGCCGGAUGCCAGCGUACGACAGUUCAAGGAGCUGACAGAGAUGGAGGUGGGCAGCAGCCACUCCUGCGUGGCCGUGCUCGACAACUUCGUCUACAUCGUUGGAGGGCAGCACCUGCAGUACCGGAGCGGGGAGGGAGCUGUGGACAUCUGCUACCGCUACGAUCCGCACCUGAACCAGUGGCUGCGCAUCCAGGCCAUGCAGGAGAGCAGGAUCCAGUUCCAGCUCAACGUCCUGCACGGUAUGGUGUAUGCCACCGGUGGGAGGAACCGCUCGGGGAGCCUGGCCUCUGUGGAGAAGUAUUGCCCCCAAAAUAAUGAGUGGACCUACGUGUGCUCCCUGAAACGCAGGACGUGGGGGCACGCGGGAGCCACGGUAGGAGGCAAGCUGUACAUCUCAGGUGGGUACGGCAUCUCGGUGGAAGACAAGAAAGCCCUGCACUGCUACGACCCCACCGUGGAUCAGUGGGAGUUUAAAACCCCGAUGAAUGAGCCCAGAGUUCUGCAUGCCAUGGUCAGUGCAAAUAGCAGGAUUUAUGCUUUGGGAGGCCGCAUGGACCAUGUUGACCGUUGUUUUGAUGUUUUGGCUGUGGAGUAUUAUGUGCCUGAAACAGACCAAUGGACCACGGUGAGCCCAAUGCGUGCAGGGCAGUCGGAAGCAGGCUGUUGUUUACUAGAAAAAAAGAUUUAUAUUGUAGGAGGGUACAAUUGGCAUCUGAACAAUGUCACCAGCAUUGUGCAGGUGUAUAACACUGAAACUGAUGAAUGGGAAAGGGACCUACAUUUCCCAGAGUCUUUUGCUGGGAUAGCAUGUGCUCCCGUUAUCCUGCCGCAGGGAAUGACCCAGAGAUAACUCCGUGCGACGGCGUCAGCCCGUGAAAUCGCCUCGUGUUGCAUGUGAUCAGAUGCUGUGGUGUUCCUUUGUUGUUUGCAAAUGGUAUUGUGCAUUUUGUGGGUGAGGGAAGGAGAAAAAUAGCUUGUGUUCCCUCCUCCAUAAAGUCCCUCCUCCUCUUCUGUAGUGUUCUGGCAAGCGUGUUCCAUCAGAAGCACUUGUCAGCUAGUUAGACUUAACAGAUGUUACAGCUGGAAAAAGCUUUUCUCUUCCUUUUUUUUUUUCCUGGUUGGAUGGGGGGUGCAUUUUGCCAACAUUUCAUAUUUGUAACAAUAUUCCACAUAGCAAACCAUGGCCAGCUCAGGGGGCACUGGGGACUGGGGGAUGUUCAACAGAGUUCAGGUGUGAUUUUUGUAUUAAUAGCUCCAAACAUGGAUGUCGCUUCUUUGUUUUUUUUAGCAAACAAACAAACCAAAAGCUGUAAAACACACUGACCUCCAGAAGCAAUAACGGGACAGUGGGAGCUCCAGGAGCUCAGGUGCUUGGAUCAGGAAAGCAGAUUCUUGCUUUUCAAAGGUGACUUUUUGGGUUUCUUUCCCCUUUUCAAAGGGGAAUACUUAGCCUUGCACACCUCUGGUCUCCGUUGGUUCUUCACUGCUUGGAUCACACUGCGAUUCCAGAUCCCUUCCUCACCCCCUCCAGACAGCAGCAUGAUCCUCUAGUCCAGAAGUUCUCCCUUACCUGGGGCAUUCAGCAUUUGCCAUACUAAAGCCAUGUCAAUAGCUGGAUUAUGUACAAAUGAGCAGGAUUCUUUUCCUUAUAAGUGCCAAGAAUUUGGCUGCCCUGGCAAUAAGAGCUGUGGCUGCUCGGCUGGGCUGAGCCCCAGGGAGCACCCAGAGGCUCUGGUUUGGGUCCUGCUGCCUUUGCCUUGCCACCAAUACGUGCUCAUCCAAACUCCUUUUGUACAGGAAAAGGGGUGGGUGCUACUUCCUCAGAAGCUUGAAGGUUUUCUCCCUUGACCUGUCAAUAAGCUACUCGGCAUCGUAACAUGAUGGAAGUCAAAGUGGAAUGGGGUUUGUUGUUCUUGUUGCCAGUGGGUAUUUUAAAUGAAGAGAUUAAUUUGAAGAUGACUCUGUCAUUUUUGUGACAUCUGUGUUUGCUGCACAGAGUUCGGUUCCUUCCUGAACUUCCUCUAAGCCAUUUUUUCUAAUUCAUUUGACCAAUUAAUAAAUAGAAGGUUUCUCCUUUUAUGAGGUUUUCUGUUCCAAGGGCUGUGUUUGUACCCAAACAAGUUUGAUUUCGAUGUAUGCAGCCUUCUUUUUAACAAACUUGCAUUCUGCUGUUGAAUAAAUACUGUGCUGUAACCCUUUAGAGACAAUUAUGUAAUGUCUGUUUUGCUUGAGCAGGCCUGUGUAAAGCAUGAGCUCCAUACCUCAGAUUCACACAAAGACAUUUAAUAAUGAAAUCAAAGCACCUUUGGCUAUGGUGCAGGGAGGAGACAUCUCUCCAUUUAGAGUCUAAAUUUAGGAUAAACCAGUGCAUAGUUUCAUCUGCUCCUAUCUGUCUGCUGGUUUGCAAUAAUAAAUCCAUGGAAGGUGCUCGUGGUUGUAUGCUGGAGGCUGUGCUCCAGCUCCCAGGCAGUUAAUUCACUCCAUUCUCUGUUCGUUCGGUCUGGCACAGAAGUGAGAAACGCUGCACAACAGCCUUGGCAGAUGAAGCAAGUUUUGAAGGGAUGAAAUGUAACUCGAUACAAGCCUCAAAGUUACAAAAUAAUGCAUUUUCCUUUGUUUUAAUGCUUCCAUAUGUUUAUUAAAAUGGUAUUUUCUUAAGGUAGUAACAAAUAGGAGGUUACAUGCUUUCCUGUUUGUCAGAUAUGAUUAAUCCUCUUCUGAGUGUGUCAUUCCUUCAUCAUUGCCUUCCUGAAAUCCUUGAGUAUUCUUCUCUAUUUCAUUUAAUUUUUCUUAUCAGAAGGAUUCCUGUGGCAGCAGUUGAUUCUUUGGGGGUUCUCUCAUAGAACGGACAGCCGUAGUGCUCAUGAACCACAUCAGAAAUGGAGAACCCCGUGGUGACCGGAGGGGGCAUCUCUUCACAAGGAAACUGCUUCUGAGGUACGUGUGUGUGUGUCGGGGGGUAAAGGGAGGAAAAGGAAAGGUCCUUGAGAACGACGAAGUGGCGUGUUUGGGCUCAAUGUUAAGGUCAGCCUUGCAAAACAAAACCUAACCUCUGUAUCAUUCCUAUCGGAAUGGUGGCUCUGGAGAUGGGAGGAUUCCCAAAGCUGUUCUGGAACUGUACUGAAUAAACAGACCAACUGUCACCUGCUGUGCAGCAAACCAGCCUGGAACGAGCAUUCCCAGUCCCUGGCACUGCGGAGCAGGAGCUGGGAAAGGCUUCCAGAUUCCUUCACCGUUGUGGCAGAGCACUGCUGCUCACCACCUCUCCCUGCUACUGGAAUGUUCUUUUUAUAGCAGUAUAAAUAAUUAUUUUUCAUAAUGUUAGCUGGAAAUAUUCUAGCUGUUCUAAAUUUAGCAGAGACUGACUAAAAUACUCGUGGCAGUGUGUAUCAUCCUCAUUGAUAAUAAAGUUUGUUUUGCCCUCUGA